UAUGGCGGUACUGGAUACGGAAGCCGCUAUUGGAGGAUGGGGUCGACUUGGCGCUGGGGAGUGAAGGGCGUAUGUGUCGGUCACUAUGCUCUUAUCGGCAUAUCUUUACUUGAGAACAGAGAAAUCGGGACCACAAAACUCGUUGUGUCGGAUACAGGUCUCAUUUCAAGGCUUUGAAUGGUUUCUGUACAACCGGACAGCUGCCUACGACAAUAUCAUAUCUCAGAUGGUGUCCACAAGCCCCGCUUAUCACAAGACGCGUAGAAGUUCAACAGAAUGUCGCCAGUCGUUCCAAAUGUCGGAUUUCGGCACUCCAAUUCCUCCCCCUUCGUCUGUACUCGGCGCUCUCCAUCUUCGAACACCCACUUUUCUUCAAGAUGCCUUCACUUGGUUCAAACGCCAACUUCCCACCUUGGACCCCAAGGAAUUAUUGCCUAUUGGCCUAGACGCUACUAAAGGGGUGAUAAUUUGCGGCAACAAUUCGACACCCAAUUUGCUCGUGGCAGAAUUCCAAAGGGCGGAAGGUAAUAUUGGGAUAUCACAGUCACGGUCGAAGUAUGACUUGUAUAAGCAGUUUCUCACUCUUCGCUUCCAAAACGCUCUCAUUCAGUAUGUGGAGAACAGACAAUAUGGUGACACCAUGCCUGCUAUGGGAGAAAUGAUUCGUGAUCUUGUUCAACAGAACGUCAGUCUCGGUCUAUCAUCUUCGUUUAUGACAUUCCAUCGUUUUGGGAAAAUCUGGCGGAAACUGCGUCUCUAUGGGUUCAUGGCGAAGUUCGUUUUGCGGCCAACUUCCUCUCGGAUUCAGUCCCACGGAAAAACCACAAGUAUGGAGGAAGACACUCCCAUCGGGUCUGGAUUUACAUCUAUGGAGUAUGCCAUCGAGCAAAAGGUAUUGGAGACGCCGUCCCUCGAAUUGUGCUACUAUGCGGAUGUGGCUGGCACCGUGCCUCCCCUCUCUCAACAUCCAGAUCAAGGGAGUUUUGAUGACAUUGGUAACGGCGACGUAGGGCCUGAAUGGGGUAUCGACCUGGUGGUUAAAAGUGGAUUCAUACACUAUGGGCCUUGGGCAGAUCGACAACGAGGCCAUCUUCAGCGAGUCUUCUUCCCGCCAACGUUCCAUGAUGCAGAAGAGACCCUUCACUUACAACCAGGCGAUCAACGACUAUGGACGAACUUGAGAGUAUUUGUCGAACUUCGCGAUGCGACUACUCUUCAUAUUCCGUUCCGCGAAGCAUCCAAGAAUUGGCAAUGGGAUGGGCUUACUGAAGUUCCCAGUAGACCCAAGAAAAGAGAACCUGCUGUGAUCCACUUUACUGCAGGAGACAGUUCUACUAUCAGCUACAUGAUGCCCAUGAUCGCCAGCUCUCGAGGUUAUGAGCCAACAUUGGAGGUACACAUUGAUACUCUAGUGGUCACAUCUAGUUUGAAUGACAUAGAGCUCGUUACCUCCGAGUCAUGCCGCGUACGAUGCGAGCUUCCCUCUCCGUUGAAGUGGAACGAUUCAAGGACUUGGUGUAUCGCAGUUUCUUUGAGGAAACCGAUUCUGUACCUCUUACGUGAUCAUAUCACCAUGCUCAUUGACCUUGGAAAAGACUGGGCUUCGGGACCUCCGAGCGAUUUUUUCCGCUUCGUUCCGACGGUGUACUCAUUUCAACUCGAUAUGCAUCAUUUUGAGUUGAACUUGUAUGCAAAUGACCAUAAUAUUAUUGACAAGCCUUUGGUCAAAGAAGAGAAUGCACUUCUGACGAUUCGUGGACCAUCGCUACGGAAUGUAACUAGCAUCCCGUCCGACAUUUUUCGCCCUGAAGCCACAACCAUUGCGUUCGUUGUGGAAGCGCCCGAUGCUUCUCUUGCUCUCUCCUUACCUCGAUGGCACACCCAUGCUUUGCACGCUCCUGAGGACGGCAACCAUAUAGGGGUUCUGGAUCUCCACCUUGACGGUUCUUACAGAUACUUCGCAGACGUCCGAGAGGAUAACAUCGAACAGCUGAAAUUGGUCUUAUCGACCAGGAAUGUUGCAUUCAAAGCCGUAGGAUGGUCAAUCCGAUAUUUCAUGAUCAUCAAAGAUAACUACUUCGGAUCCUUUACCCAUUUCUCGACCUUGUAUGAAUAUCUGGAGCGAAAGAGCCGAGGUCUUCCUCCUGGAGAUCCUGUCGUGGACAAGUAUCGUAAAGGACAUUCCAACAUGCUCCAAGUGAAUAUAGUUGUUCGAGUUGACAGCGGCUGUGUGAUUUUACCUGCUGGACUUCCGGGUUACGACAGAUCCUGCACAACGAAAGGCCAUUCAGAUGAAAUCUGUAUCGGACCGUGCCUUGUGCUGGAUAUUCCUGAACUGCAACUGCAACUGCGAAUACAUGAUUAUUUUAUGGAUCUUUCCUUAAAUACUGGGUCCAUCACAGGUUACAUAGACUCAAAUUGUCCUGAGAAAGUUCUCUAUGCCUCGCAGUCGAAACCACCGAAUGCCAAGAGCGUACUUUUGAUAGAGGGUCUCGACAUCGUCGCCAAUAGGCUAUUUGGUCCCGUUCCACGCACGAUCACAUAUUUCUGCGUCUGGAAUAUUAAGGUGGACAGUAUCAAAGGCGUCUUGUCAGCUGCAGAGGCAUCGACAAUCACAGAUGCGAUCACUUCCUUUCGUGUAAACUUUUCGGAUGCUGCUAAUGCACCGGCGGUCGAAUAUGCUUUACCUUCUUAUCCUGACGUGACGUUCGUGAAGGUCCGGCUUUCGAGUGUUCAUGUAAUAUGGGAAGCGAGCGAUGCAGCCGCUAUUCUUUCUUUACCAGAAGGUUUACGUCUGGACAAUAACAACUUGGGUGGUCGCUUUCAUCGCCAGUUGACAAGCAUCCGUAUCCCAGUAGCUCGUGCCAAAAUGCUGCUCCAUAAUUUGUCUGAUCAUUGGUUGGAAGCAGGAGAGAUGGUAGUUGAUGUGUACCUUGAUGUGUAUACGUCACCCGUCAACUGGCGGAACCUGGCGGGAGCGCAGGAAUCAUUCGUCAAGGAACAAGAUGUUCUUACAGGCCGGGCAGCGAAAAUGCUGGAGAAGUUCAGGCUUUUUGGUUAUGGAGAUCCGUCUAACAUUUUUCCUACACACAGGAACAGUGUCUAUAUUCCCCAGCCCCUGAAACACCGUACACGUGGGCCUUGGGAAGACACCAUGUAUCAGGGUAAGAAUGCGUCAACGUCGCCUGAUUCUUGGCCUCUUUCAGAAUCAGAGGAGGAAUUUGGAGUAUCUGAAGCGGAUCGCGAUGCUCGUCUGGCCCAAAGUCGAGUGGACUCUCUAAUGUCACCUGUGCAUGAAGAGGAUCAAAAUAUGAGUGACGGCGACGAAUCGGAUAACGAAGAUCUCACAGAUGGCGAGACAUCUGAAAGUGAUUGGUUUGACUUUGAGGAAGAGACGUCUAACCCACUGUGUCGGAAGUACGGUCGAUUUACACGACAUUAUAUGGGAAGAGUUAUCGACAAACUUGAACUUUGGGAUCAAUCGCCCUUUGUCCCAAUCAGUUCGCUCAAGGCAGAGGAUGUGCCGAAACAUGCACGGGCUAGAGCACCACGGUCGUCCUCCAUGCCACGCAACGAUUUUCUAGAUAUGACUCUCCCGCCGCUUGACGUCGAAGUCACUGUGCUCCGUUGCAUAUGUCGGAAAGGCAUUGAAAUACGUCUUACGCCACUCGUCCUACCUGUCUUGUCCCAUUUAGAGGAAGACUGUGAGAAAAUUAAAUCCAUUCCAGAAUUGUGUAUCGACUCGAUGAUGUCCGGAUAUCUUGGAAGCUUUUCCAAGUCAUGGAAAUAUCAAAAGCGUGUUCUUCUUGACGUUGCUGUGCCGUCUCUUCGAUUACUCGUUCUGCGUCAUCUUGACCUCCCAUCUUCCAAUCCGACGGGCGUUAUGAGCUCGAUUGACCUUCGCCUGAUGGGAUUUUAUGUACGUGGGUUCACCCAGAGACGAAUAGGGACCUUGACCGCUGGCUCCGAUGGCCUUGGCAUCACCCUUGACACAGUUGGAAGGGCUGAAAAGAUGGAAAAGGCCUUUGCAACGAUAUCAACUUCAGAGAUCGAUAUUCAUUGGAAUGGUAAAGACUUAGACGCGUCAUUUGGGUCCUUGACUAUGACCGUGUCUCAUCGGUGCCCCGAGUACCUCAUGGCUCUUACUCUGGCGCUGGUCCGAGACGCCAAAGAGUUGCAGGCGUUGUUCACAAAAUGGAAAAGUAUCUUCACGCAACCGAAACUACGUGUUGUGCAUUGGGUCUUAACUAUGACGGGCGAAGAUACCAUCAUGGAUCCACUAUCCGCCAUCCAGCCCUUGUAUCUCAUUCAAAGCGGCACUCCUCACCAGCUGCGAACGGAUGUCACAUUUCGGUUCUUAUUUCACUUGCGAAAUCAUCUAUGGCACAUUCAAAAUGAGCGCAAGUUGACCCUCCCCGAUCCCAAUCGUUGCGUGAAACUGGAAGAUAUCGUGCCUGAUUUGGAAGCUCGUUUGAGGAUCGUAGAUCCUGACGCAUAUCAAAUGCAACGCUUGACAUCACUGGAGCCAUUGUUCCCCAGUCUACGACAAUACUCAGGAUCUAUCGACGCUAAAGGCCUAGGACAUGCUUUCACCUCGUUUACCAUACGGAUCUUGCACGCUUCCGCUCAAGUCGAAGACCCUGAAGGUCCACACUCUAGCGGCGUAUCUGUGCAAAACUUGCGCCUGGGCGUUCGAGUCCGAUACCUCGAUUUGAUCAAUCCCCCGCGAAGUCCCUCGGAGAGUAAUUCUGAUAUGUCAAUUGGACAAUAUUCGCGUGACAUGAUUCAAGCAUUUUACACCCAAUUCUCUUUGGACACAACGGUGGUGACCAUAUAUCCUCAUGUGGUGGGCUUUAUGCAAGCUUUCUUGCGGGUACAGCGAAAUAAAAAAUCAUUCGGCACAUGUGAACGUGGAGACGUCGAGACGCGUUCGCGUCAAUCAAAGGCCUCAGUUAGGCGCACAGUGACGGCUACCAAGAUAGAGGUCGACGCUUCCGUUCAAAGCUUUCGAGUGCAUGCCAUUGCGUCAAAUAUCACAUUUGAAUACGGCUUAAAUGCUCUUCGCUACAGCUCCAAUACGAUGUUUGACAACACUCGUGAUAUUUCCAUGAAUCACUCCCUGCUAUUCACCGACAUCUACAUUCGCGCACGUUCUCCGUCAGAUAUGUCUGUGGAAAAUGGCCAGGACAUUCUUGCUGCCCUAACACUUAGUGGCGGCAAGUUGAAUACCAUCAUUCGUCAGGAAAUCACUUCAGCCAUGAAAGUUCGGCUUAUCUUUGUGGCAGACAAACUUAAUUUCACUGUCCCCCGUAGCGCUCUCCGUCUUUAUCGCUUCUUUCAGGAAUGGAGGAAUGACUUUGUCGUCGGAAUCGAGAGUUCUGUCCGAGAACUUUUGGUUGAAUUGAGACCGUCCCCGCGCCAACCGACAUCACCUGCACCUCCAUCGUCGCGCGCUUCUAUCCUUUUCCAAAUAAAUGGGAACCUUGGCGCAUUUGGUGUCCUCCUACAGGUGAUGCACGGCACUUGGAUAUCAUGGGAAAUGAAUGAUACAACGAUGCAUAUGAGCACCACUCCGCCGCUCUCGUCACAUAAAUUAUUCGGACUGCAAGUGGGUUCUCAAAUAUUCACAGUAUCUUCCAAAUCAGAUGCUCGCGAUGUUCUACCCAAUUCCAGAGUCAAAUUGGGAUUGCCUCCGUUAUCGCUUAGCGGGCGUUUUGAUGGGUCUUGCAUUAGAGCUAUUCUGUUGGCCGAGUUUCUGGAACUGAAAGUGAAGCCAUCUCAUUGGGAUACCCUCAUGGCGGUGCAGCAAAAGUUUGGACAGGAUUUCAACGAUCUAUUGGCACUGGUUCAGGAAACCCGGCUCAAACAGACCUAUUCGGCACCGCAGAAGCCUGUUACUGCAAUCUCAUCCACAAAGGUCGUCCUUGCCGUAAAGAUAAAUGGUUUCCGAAUCGGUCUUGAAGGUUUAUCUUCCACCGUUUAUCUCGAAUGUAAGGAUAUUAGCGGAGGCCUUGAUGACAUGUCCGGACGUGCCUGGUCCAUGACACUUUCCGGCCUUGCGUUGUCUUUGGCGCCUCUGGCAGCACUUGAACCUCGCAGCACUUCGUUUAGCAGAGAUCAUCGCUCGGCAUUCGUCACCACAGACUUCAAAAUCAUGUCAAGGAGUCGAACGGACGAGACAAUUCUUGGUGAUACGUUGCAGAUAUCCGUGACCAAGAUCCAUGCAGUCAUGCAACCCAGUUCCAUUGGUGAAGUGGGGGAUUUUAUUGAUGAUAUGCAGGCUGAGUUGUCUGUGCGAAGAGAGCAGCGUGCUCAUGAACUUGCUGCUUUCAAGCAAAAAACCCAGAGCAUCUUGAAGAGCUUCGAAGUCAAGGUCCAUGAUCUGGAAUCUCGAUCAUCCUGGCUCAAAAACUAUAAUAUUGAUGUGAAUAUCAAUCAUAUUGGGGUGGCUUUCCCUCUCACGCACGAUGAACAACUCGAAUUACCGAAAUCAGGCAGUCAUGAUUCCAGUGCUGUCCGUGCUUUCCUCUUUUCCAUUGAAUCCCUCAAAUUUGGAACGGAACGUGGAGUCACUGGCGAAGCAUACAUGAAAAACUGCUCUUUCCAGUUUGUCCAAAGUUUUCACCAAUCACUUCCAGACGAUUUUUCUGGGUCAUCACAUCAAACCCGGAAUCGUCUUGUGUACCCGGAAAUGACCGCCUACAUCAGGUCCUCAGGUUCCACCACGUCUCGUCAGAUUACCAUGAAGGCCAAUGUCAGCGGUUUUGUCCUAGACUUGGAUUCAAGUAUUCCGGAUUACAUUUUUUCCUUGGUGGAUGUUUAUCAACGAGGCAAAGAGCGUGUCGUGCAACUGUCAAACACUUCACAACGUCUCUCUUCAUCUCCCCCUUCUCGUCUUGAAGCAGCGACGGAGCCAUUUGAACGACAAUCUGCCACCGUUCCGACCUCGGCUUUCUGCGGAUCGCUCACAUUUUUGAGCGGUAAAAUACCAUAUAGCCCCACCGACGAGCAGGUUCUGUGUUUAGGCGCUGAAAUAUUUCGUCUUCCUAUGGUCUCCGUUUGGACCGAGUAUCGAGCAACGCCUGCAUCCCAGAAACUCCGUGCAGUCACAGGCGAUACAGAAGCAUCAAUUUUGGUAUUCAAAAGCACGGUUCAUUCCAGCCAAAACACCCUCAGGCCAACGCUCCUGCCCUUUUUCACGGAAUUGAUCAGUCACAUAGAAAGUCGGCUAAGGGAGUCUAGUCGUCGGGAAACACAGUCACCGACAUCGGACUCCCUUACUAGUCCUCGUUUGGCUACAUCUGACGUCGAUUCGUCGUCGAGCAUGCAGAUAAGUUUCAGUCUGCGGAUAGACCAAUCUAGGUUGGAAUUGACUUGUAAACCAGAUGUCAAUGUUGUUGCUGGUUUGCACUGGGAUAGCGGGGGCUUCGUCAUCAAUGUGUGUCCUCGUGCACGCAACGUCACAUUCACUGGAAGUGUAGGUGGCCUCACCGUCGGUUUGCGACAUGGUUUCUUAAGUGAAGAUUGUGUCAAUCUGGAUGCCCGCAAUCUUGCGUUUUCGAUCACCUUCUCCAAGCUAGAUGUUGAUGAGACCAGAUCAAUCAGUUCUGUGUCUCUUGUUUUGGACACCGAGUUCCUUGGAGGCAUGCGCUUUUCUCGGCUUCAGGAUGUACUUUGUUUUAAGGCAGUUUGGCUCGAUCGGCUUCCCAUGUUUAAUGGGAAGCAAAGUGACAGUAUUGUCAAUGCGGCCCCGAAAUCGAAUCCUGACACACUUAUGGCACAUCGACAAGAAUACGCCACCAUCAUUCUCCUUCGCAUACGUCAAAUCAAGUUAGACGUUGAUUUGGGCCAGUCCAUUAGUACCGUCGUUCUUGAUCUCAAAGAUUCCAUUCUACGCACAAAAUUGACUGAGGCCACUCACGAGCUCUCGUUGUCUGUUGGAGAUGUCAGCGUUACGGCUAAAGGAAAUGUCGCCGGCAAAGCGAAUGUAUCUAAUUGCGUAUUCCAAACGAUCCGCCGAAUCGAGAAUCACGUUGAUGACGCUGCUCACAGCCGCAUGCUGGAGCUCAGGAUGACAAGUGGUCCUUUUGUUGUAGUCCUUGAAUCAGAACACCAGAAAUUAUUACAUUAUAGGGCGGAGCCUAUUGAAGUAGAGAUCUUUGAUGACUGGUCACAGAUUCUGUUGCAUUUGGAGACAGCCAAUCGUCCACUCAGUCUAUCAUUCACUGUCGUCAGCCCCGAAAUCGUUGCUGUCAUCACGGUCGGAACAAUUCCGAAAAUCCUAACCUAUGCGAAGAAGUUCAACGCAAACCUGGAUGCCCAGCGGGAGGGUGCCAGUCGAGACUCCAAAACCUUCCGUGCCAGUAGAACCACCCAGCCAGAUAAUGCACUAUCCGCUAUUGCCGAGGCAAUGUUACAUACAGCGCGCAAUCGCCUCAGAGAAGUAGAGGCUGGUCUGUCGUACACCAUCCGUCAAUACAUGAGUCUACGACUCGACUUAUUGCGUUUGGUCUUAUUUCCAAGGACUAUGGAUGAUCUCGAAGCCGCACAGUUCAUUGGGCGAAACAUCCGUGCACGUCUGGAUCGUCUUAUCCAUGUGGAUAAGCCAUCCAGGAGGGAUAUAUUUCUGUCAUUCACAUCCAUGUCAAUCUCCCGUUUCGCACAGCUGGGCCACAUACCUACUACACUACUGGACAACAGCGAAUGGUUGACAGACCUUUUGAAGGAUGCGUCGGAAGCCAUCAUUGUGGGUCUGCCAUCGAUGACUAUGCACAUGGUCAGCGAGGAGACGCAAGAGGGCUCCAGUAAAGUUCUCGACUACGACUUUCGAAGUGUUUUCGUUCGUCGUACAGGAAUGCGGGACUUCGAGGAUAUCUAUAUCACCCUGAACGUUGGCCUCUACUCUUGGCUCACUGUUCAAAGAAAGAACUUGACCAGGGAAAUGGAUCAAGUUCGAACGGCUGUGGAGUGGAGAAGCACGCUUACUGCGCCAGCCAAUAUUGCAUCAACUCGCAGGAAGGUAGUCGAUACUCCAGAGACUCCUCGUCCGGCGACCGUUCCACGACCUCCUAGACCACCGUCUCCCGCGACCGCCCGGUCAGCGUCAGCGGCUAUCCCCAGUUUCGCUUCCCCUCCAACCGGUCAAAGUGGCUCUGCACCCACGACCGCCGACGAGGAUGCAGACACGACGGUGGUAAAUUCUCCGCUACAAGCACCCCACAAGGGGAUCAUUUACCGGCAUCAUGACAGAUAUAUCGAACGCCUGACUAUGCGCCAACUAGGCGAUGCGACACCUGAUGUCAUGCAUCCAUUCUUCAUGAAAAAGGCUGGCUUCAGUUUGGAAGAAUCUCUUCCACAAUAUGUGCAUGAAUAUGCCACUGUCCCUUUGGAACAGAUCAUGGAAGCUUUGCUCAAAUUGUACAGUAGGCAGCUUCCAGAUAGAGGGGAUUCGGUUUAGUUUCGGGUAUGAUAUUGUAUAUUCGCUAUUUUAAUCCUCUUACUGCUAACGUACAUUUUAUAUAAUUCGAAGCUGUCCAUACCAAUGUUCAAAAGGUCAUUUUCCAACGUUCGAACAACCGCUGAAGACACUCAGCAGAGCAAAACAGCCAUACAAAAGCCCA